CAACUAUUGUGCGAUAUUGAAGAUGCAAUAAAUCCUUUCUUCAUGCUUUUUAAAUGUUUGUUCCACACACGCUCGCCUCCGUGGCAGUGUAAUUUUUUAAAGCUGAUCUAUGACUGAUAUUGCAGUUUUAUAUUUUGUGUAUGUAUAUGUAGGGAGACAUAAAUCAAUGAGUAAUAAAACAUUAACCAGCAGUGGGGUACCUGGAAGCGGUUGAGCUACAGCGAUCUGUCCAGGAGCUACAUCGCUGAAAAUUAUCACCAGUCCAAACGUGGGUUUGGUCAACGUGGAGAAUAUGAAGCUCUGUCCUUCACUGCUGAUGCUGCUCUGUUUACUUAGACAUGGACUGAUGGGUGAAGUUUCUCCUGAGAACGCCACUCUGCUCAGCUCUCUUCCACUUAAUGGCACCAGUACUCCUUACCAAGUUGCUCAGGACUGCAACUUGAGCCUGGAGACUCGGCAAGCUCUCGGUGGCGCUAUAGCUCAGCUGGGGCUAAAGCUACUGGCGAAUCUGCAGCCUGGGCCUGAACAACCAAAUGUCGUUUUGUCUCCACUGAGCAUUUCUCUUGCGCUUUCACAGUUAGCUUUGGGUGCCAGGAAUGAGACUAAGGAGCGACUGUUAGGAGCUUUACAUGCGGAAUUGUUAUCUGACUAUUAUGAAGUUUUAAGCUGCCUCCAAGAUCAACUGAUUGUCAAGGCCAUUAAAGUGGCCUCUCGUAUCUACCUCAAACCAGGCUUUGACCUGAAGAAGGACUUUCUGGAAAAAUCCCUUCAACUGUUCAGAUCCGAACCUACACCGCUCACUUCUGUAGACGAAGUUAACCAGUGGGUCGAGGAGGCUACCGACGAUCACAUCAAGAACUUUCUGUCCGUUCUGCCACCCAAUGUUGUCUUGAUGCUGGUAAAUGCUGUUCAUUUUAAAGGGGAGUGGAAGUCUCGCUUUGACGCCCGCAUUACCACCAAGGAUCUUUUCUACAUUGACAGACAGACCUCAGUAAAGGUGGACAUGAUGAUGGGGUCCAAAUAUCCUCUCAGCAUGUUUGUGGAUGGAGAACAAGGCAUACAGGUUGCUCGAUUCCCUUUUCAGGGGAAUGUAAGCUUCCUGGUAGUCAUGCCCAUGCCAUCACAGAAUUUGGCAAGAGCAGCUACCAACCUCAACAUCUCCGAUCUGUAUCGACGUCUACCAAGCGAGAUACCAAUGCUGGUCAAACUGCCCAAGUUCAAACUAGAAUAUAAACAGGAUUUGCAACAAGCACUCACAAGCAUGGGAUUGGGUACACUAUUCUCUGGACCUGAUCUAUCCGGUGUUGCAGAGGGUCCACUUGUAGUCUCGGGAGUGCAGCAUGCCUCCAGCAUAGAAUUAAACGAGGAGGGAGCUGUGGCCUCAGCUGCUACAUCGGUCACUCUGGUGCGCACCAUCCCCAUAUUCGCGGUCAACAUGCCGUUCAUCUUUGCUGUGGUGGAUGACGUCUCGCACACGCCUCUCUUCCUUGGAGUGGUCACCAACCCAAAUCCCAGAGCGACUGUCAAAUUAAGUGAUGACCCAGAAACCUUAGGUAUUUUGAACAGCAACAUGCCAAGCGAUAUGCCACAGAAUGAUCACCCGUACUCGGAUAACAUGCUGCAUGAUGAUUCUCAGUGAACGAGGAAGUUAAGGGACUCCCCAACCAUUAGAAUUGGGGGGGAAUUGGCGUGAGAAGAGCCCAGAAAACACAUGGAACCUCUCCCAGUCACACAGUGUACCUACACAUGCACGUUUUUAUAAUACGAUCAGCCAUAAUGCCACAGGACUUGGAUUUAAAAAAACUAGCUGAUGUCUUUUCACAAACGUUACAGUUUUUUAUUCCCUUUGUAAUGAAGCAACAAUCAUGUAUUCAAUCCGUUGUUGGUUUUUUUUUUUCACAUUUAUUUGUGCUUUUUCUUUUUUUUUUUUUUGGUCAAUGCAAACUGCAUGUUGUCAGGAGGUUGAGGUGAUGUAGCUUUUUCUCCUCCUCUGGUCUAAACUGUAGCAAUUAAAAUGUCACUUUAAAAAAAGUGUUCUCAUAUUUGCAUCUCUGUAAAUUACAAUAUUACUGAAAAAUCAAAGCAUUCUUUAAGUCUGGGUUUUGUUUAGACAUUCGGUUGUAUGUAAAGUAGUAUUCUAGUACAGAUAUAACAAAUAAUUAUAUACCUGUAAACUUUCAUAAUCAAGAAUGAUAAUGGUGCAUUACAACCUGCUUCAGUUCUUCUUUUGAAUACAAUUUUAUGUGGUUAGAAAUUUGUAUUAAUCUAUUUAAUUAAUUAAAUGAAUAAAAUGCAGCAAUAAUGCAUUCCAGGGUUUGGGGGCAGCAAAGAUAAUUUUACAGAUUGCGAUGAGUUGUAUGUGAUAUUCUGGCUUAUGUAUGAGCAAUUAGAUUAUAAAGUGAUGACACUGUAUAUUUGUCAUCACAGCACAGUGAAAUUCUUUCUCUUUACAUUUCCCAGCUUGCUAGGAAUUUUAGGUCAGUAAGGGGACCACCAGGGUAUAACACCACUGGAGCAGAGAAGGGUUAACCUCUGAUCAGUAAACUUAACCGCUGAGCCACCACAACCUGAGUAGGCAAUAUUACAAAAGUAGAAUAGUUGUAUAGAGACAGUUACGAAAGGAGCAGUGGGCUGAGUGGCUUUAAAGCUUUGUGAAUCAUUAAAAUAAGCAUGGAAAGUAAAUUUCAGCAUUUCCACGUAACGUCAGCUAUUUUAUGUUGUCAGAUAACAGAACUGAGGUAAAGCAAGUCCAUGUGAAUAAGACUCAAUAAACAUGUAUUUGAAACAAGGCUGUGCCGCAGAUUCCUAGCGCAGACUGUUACGGUUAACAGCUGGAAAGCAUUCAGCACAGAGGUCAGGAAAGAGUAGAAUGUUGAUGAGGACAAACAUGGGAGGUUUUGGACUACUGGUGAAGGGUCAUUUUCUGUACUGUGGUGUAAAUGUAUGUUUGCUUUUGGGUGGUCUCUACCCUUUCAUUUAGCUUAGAGAGUAAAAUUGAAGGUUGGACGUAUGGAUAUAACGACCAGUCAGUUGUGUGCAGAGUGGGUUUAAAAGUAUAUAUCAAACAUCUGUAUAAAUACUAUGGAUUUUAAAUAAAUA